AUGAAAGGAAUUCAUCGCUCGUUAAGUAAUUUAUUUUUUAUAGAAAAUAUUUCAGAUGACACCCGUAACAAUGGUAUUUCGCGCUAUUGGUCAGUAAUAAUUUCCAAGUUGUACUAUCUUGGAUGUGUUUCUUCUGAUCUGUUUGUAAACCAUGCCUGGCCUUAUGUUUUGGAAUCUUUUCAACCAAAUCUGUGCGAAACAGAGAGAACCCUUCUUUACGACAAUAUCCAGUACAUAAUCUAUACUUCAGACUUGCUUGUUGGAGACCAUAAAUUACAUUGUCAAGGAAAUCUGACUUUUAGCUCAUCUAUCCCAGUCCCAAGUCCACCAUCUUUCUCUUCUAAAAAGCUUUGGUAUAUGUUUACUUACCAAUCUUUCUUACAUGCUGGCUAUUGCUUGGGCUUCUAUUGCGUGGUUUCAUUACUCUGCAACUUCGUGUCUUUUAAUCCCCUCAAAAUUGGCUUUUAUUGCUACCUCAUUUUCUCAAUUGUAAUAAUCUUUUGUCAUUUUUUGGUAUAUUACACUCGCAUCGACGGUUUGUAUAGUAUAUACCGUCUAACCCAUGCGUUGCAAUCGUUCGAAGAUGUUUCCAAUCGCGUUUACACUCAGAUCUGUGAGUUAGGUCAUCCAGAUUACGUUGACAGGUCUUCUGAUGAUUUGGGUCAGCAUAACCAGGGUUUUCAAAUCAGCAGAAAUCAAGAGCUCAUGUCCCGAAAAGUCUCUGACCUAUUUGGGAAGCUACUACCAUCGUACCAAGAGUUGCUAUCAAGAUUAUACCCAUUUACAGCUCCAUCGUACUUGAGGGAUCUCCUGCUCCUCUACAAGCUGCCCAACUGUUUCACCAAUACUUCAAUCCCAUUUUCGCUAAAACAAAUUGUAAACCCUAACUUGCAGCGGAAUUCUCUGUAUUGUCUCCGGAAAGAGGCAACUGAGUAUAACUCUCAUUCUAAUGAAUCCUUGCUGUUUUUAGUGAAAAGCUACUCCGAGUUAACGGUUGUAUUCAAACAAAUUCUUUGUUGUAUACUGUCAUUUUCUGUGCAAACGUUUCCUCAAGAAUGCACAUCAUGGCCAACUUUGUGUCAUAACAUUGAUAGUUUAAUUGCUACACUGUGUGACUUUACUGAACAACUGUCUUCAUUCUCCUCUUUUAUGCCAGAAAGUGGUGGAGUGACUCCAGAAAACGAUCGUCUUAAUCAUUCUUCCCGUAACAAAACAUUUGACGUGGAAAAUCUUAAAAAGAAAUUACAAAGAUUACAUUUCGCAAUGCUUGAAACGCACGGAAAUAUUAGUUUAUACUUACAAGAAAAUGCGAAUGUAGGGUCCCAAGAAGGGGCCUUAAAAGAAUACGAUCACUUUGGAUUUCAGCUAAAAGGAUUACUGUCUGAAUGGGAAUUUUAUCGUGAUAUGCUGACCCCAAUGACUUCCUCUUCAAGGAAGAAAUGUUGA